AUGGAUUCCACACCACAUCAUUCACGGAAACGCUCUAGGGCCCCUAGUAUCCAUGUGGACACAUCGGCCGUCACAGACAAGAGAGAUACUCACUCCAGCGCUAGCUCGGGCUCGCAGGACGACACAAAGCUUACAACUCCGGCGCCGUUACCCGAAGACCAGGAUCUAUUCAAGGUCGAAGAGAACCCUUUUGCUUUUACCCCGGGCCACACGUCACGGUUGUUAAAUCCCAAGAGUCUGAAGGCGUUCCACGCCCUGGGCGGCCUGCAUGGUAUAACAAAGGGUCUGAGAACCGACGCGAAGUCGGGCCUCAGCGUUGAUGAGACGAAGCUCAGCGGGGCCGUGACCUUUGAGGAGGCGACCGGCUCUCAACUCCCCACCUCAUCGACCGAGUCGUCCCCGGAGAUUCAACCGGCGAAACCUGCGCAGCCGCAGCGCUCAAAUACGUACAAGGGUGAUGGAGAGGCCUUUGCGGACCGAAAACGGGUGUACGGCAGGAACACGUUACCGGAAAGAAAAUCGAAAUCGUUCCUUCAGUUGGUCUGGAUCGCCCUACAAGACAAGGUCUUGAUCCUGCUGAGCGUCGCCGCCGUAGUGUCUUUAGCUCUUGGUCUGUACCAGACCUUUGGCAACAAGUCCCAUCACGAAGGAGCCAAGGUGGAGUGGGUGGAGGGCGUCGCCAUCAUAGUUGCCAUCGCCAUCGUCUCGCUAGUUGGCGCCCUGAAUGAUUGGCAAAAGGAGCGGCAGUUCCAGAAGCUCAACAAGAAAAAGGAGGACAGGCAGGUCAAAGUGAUUCGUUCCGGAAAACCCACCGUCAUCUCGAUUGAGGACAUAUUAGUGGGUGACAUCCUCAUGCUAGAGCAGGGAGACGUCAUUCCGGUCGAUGGCAUCUACAUCGAUGGGCACAAUAUCAGCUGCGACGAGUCCUCGGCGACCGGCGAAUCAGAUUUGAUCAAGAAGACCCCGGCAGAAAAGGUCAUGCGGGUUCUCGAAACAGCCGACCACGAUAUCGAGGUCAAAAAAUUGGACCCUUUCAUCAUCUCGGGUGCCAAAGUGCUCGACGGCGUUGGCACGUGCAUGGUCACAGCUGUUGGCCCGUACUCCACCCACGGAAGAACUAUGCUUUCCCUGCGCGACGACAAUGAGCUCACUCCGCUACAAAUGAAAUUGAAUAUGCUAGCUGGUUACAUUGCGAAGUUAGGAUGCGGCGCCGGUCUCCUUCUCUUCACUGUUCUCUUCAUCGAAUUCCUUGUUCGCCUCAAAGGAAGCGAUAAGACGCCAGACCAAAAGGGCCAGAACUUUAUGCAGAUCCUCAUCACGUCCAUCACCAUCAUCGUCGUCGCCGUCCCUGAAGGUCUCCCGUUGGCGGUGACUCUGGCUUUAGCCUUCGCCACUAAGAAAAUGACCAAGGAGAACAACCUCGUGCGCCAUCUUCAAUCAUGCGAGACCAUGGGAAAUGCGACUGUUAUUUGCUCCGACAAGACGGGCACCUUGACCGAGAACGUCAUGACCGUUGUGGCUGGCUCUCUCGGAACCGGUUCAGUCUGCUUCGGGGAGGAAAGCGUCCUGAAAUCGAUGCCCGAGGGCACCCCGACCGAGCAAUUUAUCCAACCCAGCAAGGUUUCUUCUACCCUCAGCGACGAGGUUCGUGAGCUCCUCAACCAGUCCAUCGCGAUCAACACCACGGCGUUUGAGGGCUCCGAGAAAGGCAAGGCCGUUUUCGUGGGCACCAAGACCGAAACGGCUCUCCUAGACUGGGCGCGAAACAAUUUUGCUCUCGAGUCCCUUGAGAUUAUGCGCUCGAACAACGAAGUUGUGGAGAUGUUUCCCUUUAACUCGAGCAGGAAGUGCAUGGCGGCCGUUAUCCAGCUACCGAAUAAGAAGUACCGCAUCUUUGUGAAAGGUGCCCCCGAGAUCCUGCUGGGUCAGUGCCACCGGGCCCUCGACUCUCCCGAGGAAAGCCUUCACUCGACGGCCCUCGAGCAGGCUCACGUCGACGAGAUCAAGGGCAAGAUUUCCCUAUUUGCUUCGACCUCGUUACGAACGCUAGGAUUGUGCUUCCGCGACAGCGACCAGUGGCCCCCUGCGCGAUCGAAGCGCGCCGACGACUCGUCCAACCUCGAGCUCAGCGAUGUUUUCCGAGAGAUGGUUUGGAUCGGAGCCGUCGCAAUUCAAGAUCCCGUGCGAUCGACAGUGCCCACCGCGGUCCAGGCAUGCAACCGCGCAUCGGUUCAAGUGAAGAUGGUGACUGGAGAUAAUGUCGCGACGGCGAAGGCGAUUGCAAAGUCGUGCGGGCUCAUGAAGGAGGGAGGCACUGUCAUGGAAGGCAUCGAUUUCCGUCGCCUCAGCGAUGUGGAGAAGGAAGCGGUCGUCGACGACCUCUGCGUGCUGGCUCGGUCUAGCCCCGAGGACAAGAGGAUUCUUGUCAAGGUGCUGCAGAAUAGGGGCCAUGUCGUGGCUGUCACUGGAGACGGAACCAAUGAUGCACCUGCGCUCAAGGCCGCCAACGUGGGCUUCUCCAUGGGCAUCACCGGAACAGAGGUGGCCAAGGAGGCAUCAGAUAUCAUCCUCUUGGACGAUAACUUUGCCUCUAUCGUGGGGGCGCUUGCGUGGGGCCGGGCGAUCAACGACGCAGUCAAGAAGUUUUUGCAAUUCCAAAUCACGGUCAACAUCACGGCGGUGCUCAUCACGUUUGUAUCUGCAGUUACGUCGGACAACGAGGCCUCGGUGCUCAACGCGGUUCAACUGCUCUGGGUCAACCUCAUCAUGGACACGUUUGCGGCGCUGGCUCUAGCGACGGACCCGCCGGGAGACAGCUUGUUCGACCGCAAACCGGAGCCCAAGACGGCGCCCCUGAUCAGCCUACCGAUGUGGAAGAUGAUCAUCGGGCAGUCCAUCUACCAACUCAUUGUCAUUUUCAUCUUGUACUUUGCGGGACCCAAGUUCCUGCACUACCCCGAGGACGAGCAUCGGACGCUUAUUUUCAACACGUUUGUCUUUAUGCAAAUCUUCAAGCUCGUCAACAGCAGGCGCAUCGACAAUCAGCUCAACAUCUUUGAAGGGCUGCUCAAGAACCGGCUCUUCCUGUUGAUGGCAGCCAUCAUGGUUGGCGGGCAACUCAUCAUUAUCUGGUUCGGCGGGGCAGCCUUUGUGGUAACGCCCCUCAACGGGCCUCAGUGGGGUAUCUCGAUCGUAUUAGGGUUCCUCUCCAUCCCCGUGGGCGUGCUCAUCCGCCUCUUCCCCGACUCUUGGAUUACGGCUACUAUCAACGCGGUGGUGCCCCGUCGAUGGCGCGAGGGCAAGGCGGCGCGACAGGCGGAGUCGUACGAUCUCACGGCAGCGAUGCUCGACGUGCGCGACGAUCUCGCCUUUUUCAACCGUAUCCGCGGCGGGCGCAUGGCAGUCCUGUGCGACCCCAAGUUUAUACAGAAGCAGCUGCAUGGCCGUACGCGAAGCAGGCGUGGUUCCAACGCGUCCACGUCACCCAUGUACUCGGCCAUGGGUAUGCCCGGCCUCAUCGCCGCCAGCAUCGGUGGGCUGCCGUCACCAGAAGGUGGCAGGAGCGCCGAGGCGAUGCAGGUGGAAAGUGUGGGUGAGGGGGACAGGGAUCUCAAGAGUGGCAAGGAUCUGGAGGGUGGUGAGGCUGAUAAGCCGCGGACUUGA